UCGACGAAUGGAAACUGUUUGCGCAGAUUUGUAUAGAGCUCGUUUUAUUAGAGGCUUCUGUCACCUUUACACUGGACAAGAAGCUGUUGCUACCGGAAUAGAAGCUAUUUUGAAACCGCAAGAUUCUGUUAUUACUUCUUACCGUUGCCACGCCUUUGUCUAUACACGUGGCGAGAGCAUUAAGGAUAUUAUUUCAGAGUUACUCGGACGCAAGAAUGGAGUUUCUAAGGGAAAAGGCGGCUCCAUGCAUAUGUACACCCGGAAUUUUUAUGGCGGAAACGGAAUUGUUGGAGCUCAGGUUCCUAUUGGCACUGGAAUUGCUUUUGCUCAUAAAUAUAAAGGCGACGACGGUGUUUGUUUUGAUCUUUACGGAGAUGGCGCUGCUAAUCAAGGACAAGUUUUUGAGUCCUUCAAUAUGGCUAAACUAUGGAACCUUCCUGUUAUAUUUGUUUGUGAAAAUAAUAAAUACGGAAUGGGGACCUCGCAGGAACGCUCCUCUGCAAGUUUCGCUUAUUAUAAACGGGGGGACUACAUUCCUGGCCUGCAAGUGGAUGGAAUGGACGUUCUUGCUGUCCGUGAGGCCUCUCAGUUUUGUGCGAAUUUUUGCCGAAGUGGGAAGGGUCCUAUUUUAAUGGAAACGGUUACUUACCGCUUCGGAGGGCACAGCAUGUCCGACCCCGGGACCACCUACAGGACACGUGAUGAGGUCCAGCAAAUGCGGAUCUCGAAGGAUCCCAUUUUGAGUUUGAAAGAAAAACUUCUUGGUGUCGGCAUUAUUACUGAAACGUAUUUUAAUGAAUUGCAGAAUACUAUAAAGAAAGAAGUUGAAACUGCCGUAGAGGAAGCGAAAGCUUCAGAAGAACCAGAAACAGAUGCGCUGUUUCAAGAUGUUUAUGUUAAAUACUUGGAUUCGGAAAUUCGAGGAUGCGAUGCGUUUUCUUAUCAUUCGAUUUCCUCUUAACUCAAAAAAAAGUUGAAACACUUAUAAUAAAC